UUAUCCUGCUCUUCAUGUUUAAUAAAUGCUAGUUCUCUCCCUUCUUUCCUUAUGGGAGCUCAUCAUCAAUGACAUCAACCACCAGAAAACUGGAUCUGAAGAGAUCUGGCACCUCUUGGACAGGAAGACCCUGGGCCAGUGAGAGAAGGAACAUCCUUUUCUUUCCUUCUGGACCCCAAGUUCUCCUCCCAGACCUGGCUGCAUCUGCAAACGCUCUACUGCGAAUGGCUGUUCCACCUCUGCUCGCAAUCACUGUUUCUAGCUCUCCUGUAAUAUUCACAGAUAGUUAUGAAAAUAGAUAUACUUAUCAAUUGCACAACCAGACAAACAGAUACGCUCACGGAAUGACUCCUAACCUUUCGUGGGGCUGCCCUCCCUUCCUCUCACUAGUGGGAUUCUUGAAAACUGUCCUCUCUGCUCUAAGUUUACUCACUGGUCAGCUCCAUAAUGUGGUCCACUCCCUCCACUGGCCUGUAAGGAGCCAGGAGGCCACCAUGCACUUCUCAGCUUUCCUCUUGCCUCCUCUGGUCCUGAAGACCAGUCCCUUCUCUGAUGACUUUUGUGACUCUGAAACACUCCUGUCACCCUUUACCUUUGCUGGACUUUAUUUUUCUUCCCACUCCCUAAAGGUGCUCCUCACCUCCAAGUGGUGUCAUUGGGGCAAUUGCAUGCCUUCUCCCACCACACUGUGGGCUAUCCCUAUGGGCAGCUCCAAGCUCCCGGUUGCCCUCAAUCCACAGUCUAGGUACUUCACCAGAGGCUUCCAUCUGGGUCACCUUCCACCUAAACCCUGCUCAUCUCCUCCCACAGCGGGAGGGGCAUGGAACGUGGGUUCUGCCCUCUAGGAGCUUAAAUUUAGUCAGAGAGACACCCCUGCCGACUCUGAAAUGUUCUGUCACAAACCCCGAGACUUAAUUAAAAUGAAAGGUGCUGAUACAACAAGAGUCCUAUCACAUGACAAAAUGUUCAAUGAGGGAGUGGCAUUAUCAAUUCCAUUGCCAAACACUCUCUUGCUCAGGCAAGGUCUUACAGACCUUGUAGGUCUUGUAGGUCAGCAAAUUCAUUAGGGAAGGGCAGAAAGGGGUGUUUAUUCCCGACAAGAGCAGAGGAGGAUAGAACGAUUCAAAGAACAUUCUUUCAGGACAGGUGGCUCAGGGGUUGAGAGUCUGCUUUGGCUCAGGUUGUGAUCCCGGGGUCCUGGGAUCGAGUCCCACGUCAGGCGGAUUCCCCUGCAGGGAGCCUGCUUCUCCCUCUGCCUGUGUCUCUGCCUCUCUCCUUGUGUCUCUCAUGAAUAAAUUAAAAAAAGAGAAAAAAGAACAUUCUUCCAACCACACAGUAAAUGAUACUUCUUCACGUUUUUUCACCUUGCUCCCCUAGGAGAUUUUGGAAGUUUUUUUUUUUUUUUCUGUUGUUAGUUGUCACAUUGACUGAGGAGUGCUAUUAGCAUUUAGUGCCUGGAAAUCAGAAAUGAUAAAUAUCUUGUAAUGACAAAAUUGGGCUCAUGCAAUGGAUUGUCCUGACUGUAGCACCAAUGUUGGAAAACAUAAGUGGUAACUGACUCCUCCUUGCCACCUCCAUCCUCCCAAGAAAUUGAAAAACAGGGUCAUCCUCCCCUAACCCCACCUUGGCUUGACUUUGCCAAGUCAAGCCAGUAAA